UGCAGCCCUAGUUUGAUUUUGUUACUGCAAUAUGCAAACAUAAUGUCUAGUAGUUGGAUUUCCAGUGAUUCAACUAGCUUAGCUAGUGAUUGUUCAACUGAAACGGAAACGGAGACGGAAACGGAGACUGAAACGGAGACUGAAACGGAGUUCGAGACUGAAACGGAGUACGAGACUGAAACGGACACAAGCGUUUCGCUUAUAUCCGAUGACUUAUCGGAUGACUCUGCGCACAUGGAGCCGCUGCUGGUGACAGAUGCGCUGCUGCUGGUGCCGCUGAACUGGCUGCUGGACUUUCAGCAGACUGGCUCGUACCCGGAGGAGCUGCACGCGCGUGUCAAUGCGCUGCUCAGACAGCAAGCGGCACAGCUGUUGGUCACUCGACAGUCGGAGCAGGAGCUGUGGCAAAGUCUGCUUGCGGAUACGCGCCAAGUGCUGGAGGCCAGCGAGCAGCAGCUGGAGGCGGAGGCGGAGGCGGAGGAGCUGCCUGAGCUGAAUGACUCGCCAGCGCAGCAGCUGGAAAUGUGGUUGGAUCACAUGAGUGCGCGUCAUCAGUUUGCUGCGCCGCUCAAGCUGCUAACGCGCCAACAAAUAUUUGCAGCCGAGCAGGAGCCGACAGCAGCCCCAGAGCUGCAGCUACUGGCGCCACAUUUUGCCAUGCGCCGCUGGUUCCCACAAAGCAAUCCAGAGCUUGCUGCAGAUCGCAACGUAACGCUGGCCAAGUAUAUGAAGGAGCUGCAGCCGGAGCUAUAUGCAGAUCCCACGCAGCUGCUGCUGCUCUGUCUGUCCAGGCAGUGGUUUGCCAAUCUGGAGCUGUGUGUGGGCAACACGCUGCUGCAUGUGGAUCGCUACAUCUUCAACUAUCAUGCCAAGCUGCUGGCCAAGAAUCCCUCGAGCAUGGUGGAGCUGCCUGGCAACUUUGUCUGCAGCUGGCAGCUGCGCGAGCUCUAUCAAUGGAUGCUCAAUGGACGCCACAAGCUGCUCACGGAUCAGCACUACUUGCCGCUGCUGGCGCAGGUCAAGUUCCUGCAAAUGCCGCAUUUGAUUGACGCCUUUUGGUUUUGCUUGUGCCAGCGCCGCUCGUCGCUGUUUCAUGAAAUUGGCGCCUUUCGCGGCUGCCAAAUCUCGCAGUCGCUCCAAUGUGGCAACUUCUGGGCGUGCUUCUAUUCGCGGCUGCGUCGCUGCUUUCUGCCGCUUGUGGCCAGCAGCGAGUUCCUGCAGCUGCCGCCCAACGAGCUGCAGCUGCUGCUCAGCUCGGACUUUGUCUGCGUCAAUGGCGAGGACGAAAUCUUCUUUGCUCUGCUGCGCUGGCUCGAGCACGAGUGGCCCAAGCGCGCGCGCCACCUGCCGCAGCUGCUGCCCACACUGCGUCUGCCGUUCAUGUCGCCCUGGCUGCAGCGCUCCAUACUCGUCACACCCGAGCACUGGCUCAUCGCGUAUCUGGGCCAGACGUCGCUGCUGCAGCAGCUGCUCUGGACCAACUCGCUGCUGAUGCAGCGCAAUCUGCUGCUGCCGCAGCCGCUGCUGCCAAUGGAACGCAACUGGAUCUACUGCCCCCAGGUGCCGCAUCAUCACUCGCUGCACUGUCCCGAGCAUCGGCCACUCACCUAUGCCACCUUCAAAUUGUUUCUCGCCCAGCUGCAGCAGCACGCGCAGCUCUUCAUGUCCAGUCUGCGGCACGUGCCGCAAAAGCUGCGCCACAGCUACAACUGCUGCAGCUCCAAGCGCUACAGGCCACGCCCAGUGCGCCCUUUUUUCUAUGAAAUGCGCCUAAGCUAAAUAGUCACAGGUCAAAUAUAAAAUGUAUUGAACGUAAACUUCUUAGCAAGCUA